AUGAAGUCUGUAUCGUGUAUUAACAUUCUCUCCAACCCUAAGCAACAGCAGCAGCCGCAGCCAAUCCGCAUCAUCCAGUCUCAGCGCGUGCAGCCCACAUCGCUGCCCAAGCCUGUGCCCUCCAUCCACCAUGUCCCGCAUCCGCCCCAUACGCCCCAUGCUGCCUCCCUGCCCAGCUGCCCUGGCCGGGGAAAGAUGGCCAAGUUUCUCAACCCUGAGGAGAUGACCUCCAGGGACUACUACUUUGACUCAUACGCCCACUUUGGCAUCCAUGAGGUAGGGCUGCCCUGGGGCUGUAUGUAUCAAGCAUCUCAAAGUAGUAGUGCUGAUCUAGGAUCAGCAUAAGAUUAGACGGGGGGGGGGGGGGGGGGGGGGGGGGGUUGCUUGAUCUUAGAUUAGCCUUCCUACUCUUUAUUAUUAUUAUUAUUAUGCCUACUUUGAGAUACUAUGUAAAUACAGGCCCAGUUCUUACCUACUGUAUCCUUACAUGACUCUAUGUAAAGUUAGUGCCACAAUAGACUGGCCCACUUUAGAACACUUCACAGUACUGCAUCUCCUCCCCAGAGAUGUACUGUGUUUCAGGGGAGGAAGAUGUCAGAAGGGUACAGAGCAUCUUUCAAGUUAGACCUGUGAGAUGGGGUUUGUUCUGUGACAUUUUUGGAAUGUGUACUACCGUUUAAAAGUUUGGGGUCACUUAGAAAUGUCCUUGUUUUCGAAAGAAAAGCACUUUUUUGUCUAUUAAAAGAACAUCAAAUUGAUCAGAAAUACAGUGUAGACAUUGUUAAUGUUGUAAAUGGCUAUUGUAGCUGGAAAUGGCAGAUUUUUAAUGGAAUAUCUACAGUGAGGGAAAAAAGUAUUUGAUCCCCUGCAGAUUUUGUACGUUUGCCCACUGACAAAGACAUGAUCAGUCUAUAAUUUUAAUGGUAGGUUUAUUUGAACAGUGAGAGACAGAAUAACAACAAAAAAAUCCAGAAAGACGCAUGUCAAAAAUGUUAUAAAUUGAUUUGCAUUUUAAUGAGAGAAAUAAGUAUUUGACCCCUCUGCAAAACAUGACUUAGUACUUGGUGGCAAAAUCCUUGUUGGCAAUCACAGAGGUCAGACGUUUCUUGUAGUUGGCCACCUGGUUUGCACACAUCUCAGGAGGGAUUUUGUCCCACUCCUCUUUGCAGAUCUUCUCCAAGUCAUUAAGGUUUCGAGGCUGACGUUUGGCAACUCGAACCUUCAGCUCCCUCCACAGAUUUUCUAUGGGAUUAAGGUCUGGAGACUGGCUAGGCCACUCCAGGACCUUAAUGUGCUUCUUCUUGAGCCACUCCUUUGUUGCCUUGGCCGUGUGUUUUGGGUCAUUGUCAUGCUGGAAUACCCAUCCACGACCCAUUUUCAAUGCCCUGGCUGAGGGAAGGAGGUUCUCACCCAAGAUUUGACGGUACAUGGCCCCGUCCAUCGUCCCUUUGAUGCGGUGAAGUUGUCCUAUCCCCUUAGCAGAAAAACAACCCCAAAGCAUAAUGUUUCCACCUCCAUGUUUGACGGUGGGGAUGGUGUUCUUGGGGUCAUAGGCAGCAUUCCUCCUCCUCCAAACACGGCGAGUUGAGUUGAUGCCAAAGAGCUCCCUUUUGGUCUCAUCUGACCACAACACUUUCACCCAGUUCUCCUCUGAAUCAUUCAGAUGUUCAUUGGCAAACUUCAGACGGGCAUGUAUAUGUGCUUUCUUGAGCAGGGAGACAUUGCGGGCGCUGCAGGAUUUCAGUCCUUCACGGCGUAGUGUGUUACCAAUUUUUUUCUUGGUGACUAUGGUCCCAGCUGCCUUGAGAUCAUUGACAAGAUCCUCCCGUGUAGUUCUGGGCUGAUUCCUCACCGUUCUCAUGAUCAUUGCAACUCCACAAGGUGAGAUCUUGCAUGGAGCCCCAGGCCGAGGGAGAUUGACAGGUCUUUUGUGUUUCUUCCAUUUGCGAAUAAUUGCACCAACUGUUGUCACCUUCUCACCAAGCUGCUUGGCGAUGGUCUUGUAGCCCAUUCCAGCCUUGUGUAGGUCUACAAUACUGUCCCUGAUAUCCUUGGAGAGCUCUUUGGUCUUGGCCAUGGUGGAGAAUUUGGAAUCUGAUUGAUUGAUUGCUUCUGUGGACAGGUGUCUUUUAUACAGGUAACAAACUGAUUAGGAGCACUCCCUUUAAGAGUGUGCUCCUAAUCUCAGCUCGUUACCUGUAUAAAAGAAACCUGGGAGCCAGAAAUCUUUCUGAUUGAGAGGGGGUCAACUACUUAUUUCCCUCAUUAAAAUGCAAAUAAAUUUCUAACAUUUUUGACAUGCGUUUUUCUGGAUUACUUUGUUAUUAUUCUAUCUCUCACUGUUUAAAUAAACCUACCAUUAAAAUUAUAGACUGAUCAUUUCUUUGUCAGUGGGCAAACGUACAAAAUCAGCAAUGGAUCAAAUACUUUUUCCCCCUCACUGUACAUAGGCGUACAGAGGCCCAUUAUCAGCAACCAUCAGUCCUGUGUUCUAAUGGCACGUUGUGUUUGCUAAUCCAAGUUUAUAAUUUUAAAAGGCUAAUUGAUCAUUAGAAAACACUUUUGCAAUUAUGUUAGCACAGCUGAAAACGGUUGUGCUGAUUUAAAGAAGCAAUACAACUGGCCUUCUUGAGACUAUUUGAGUAUCUGGAGCAUCAGCAAUUGUGGGUUCGAUUACAGGCUCAAAAUGGCCAGAAACAAAUAACUUUCUUCUGAAACUCAUCAGUCUAUUCUUGUUCUGAGAAAUGAAGGCUAUUCCAUGCGAGAAAUUGCCAAGAAACUGAAGAUCUCGUACAACGCUGUGUACUACUCCCUUCACAGAACAGCGCAAACUGGCCAGUCUGAGAUAUUGCUUUUUCUUUGCAACUCUGCCUAGAAGGUCAGCAUCCCGGAGUCGCCUCUUCACUGUUGACAUUGAGACUGGUGUUUUGCGGGUACUAUUUAAUGAAGCUGCCAGUUGAGGACCUGUGAGGCGUCUGUUUCUGAUCAAUUUAAUGUUGUUUUAAUGGACAAAAAAAUUGCUUUUCUUUCGAAAACAAGGACAUUUCUAAGUAACCCCAAACUUUUGAACGGUAGUGUAAGUCAGAUGGGUUUUUAUAAUUUCUGCUCUGUGAAUAUUCCUGACAGACAGUGUGAGAGAAUGGCUGAAAUUACUUAAGAGGGAUAUGCAGUAAUGCAAUGUUUUUCAAUGUGGACCAGUGUGUCUGAAAUGGAAGGGUAGGAUUACAGUGACUGCAGAUUAAUAUCUACAUAGCCUGUGCCAUUAUGAUUUUUAUCCAUACUACACUAAAUCUAUUUUCACAUUGUGACCUACUUGUUGUGUUUAUGUACUGACAUGUAUGUGUAACUGAUAGAGGCACACACACACUACAUGUUAAUGUUUUUAAAUGUAUGUAAAUUGUAAAGUCUUGUCUGUAAUGUUUUUUUCGUUAUAUGUCGGACCCCAGUAAGACUAGCUGUCGCCAUUGGAGUCGGCUAAUGGGGAUCCUAAUAAAUAAAACAAAUCUAAUUGUCAUGGAAAUUAAUACAGCUUUGAUAAAAAUAGAAAAAAGCACCUUGUUAUUCACCUUAUACACAGUUGAAAGAGGUUUGGAUAUCUCCCACCCUGACACCAAUCAUUUUUCACUGAGCAGGAGAUGCUGAAGGAUGAAGUGAGGACGCUGACCUACAGGAACUCCAUGUACCACAACAAGCACGCCUUUAAGGACAAGAUCGUCCUUGACGUGGGCAGUGGGACUGGUAUCCUGUCC